AUGGUUACUUAUCCUACUGCUGUUAUAAGUGUCUCUGUACUUGGGAAAUUAAUACAAAUAACUGCUGUAGUGGUACCUAGGCUUCCCUAUCCCUUGGUUAUAGGAAGAAACUUUCCAGAGUAUCACACCCUAAUACAGUCUAAAGUUACAGUUAAACAGAGAGAGUCAGAGGUUGAAACAGGGGAAAUUAGUCUACAUGAAGUUUUCCCUUUCAUUCUCCCUGAUUUGUAUGCAGCCAAGCCAGAAAUGCAACUUUAUAGACACUACUUAGCUGCUAUUUUUGCAAUAGAAGAGAUUAAUCAAAGGAAUGACAUUUUACCCAACAUCACUUUGGGAUACGAAUUUUAUAACCCACUAAACAGUAUUAUUGCAGCAUUAGAUGGAACCAUGGCUAUAUUAUCUGGUGGAUCUAAAUCUAUCCCCAACUACUCUUGUACACAGAGAGGAAUCCUGGUUGGUUUUAUUGGAAGUCUGGGAUUUGAUUACUCCUCCAUAUUGUCUCUACUCACUGGACUAUACCAUUAUCCACAGAUUAACAAAUAUUUGAGAGAAGUUCAUUUUACAUCAAAGUCCAAUGAGGAUAUUUUCUUUACUCGUUAUGGAGAUGUACCAGGGCUUUAUGAUAUUGUAAACUGGAACCCAUCUGAUAUCAAAACUCAAAUGAUUCCUCUUCAAGUUGGAAUUUUUAACUUCUCAGCUCCAGCUCGUAGACAAUUUGUUAUCAAUGAAAGUAAGAUUUACUGGAGCUCUAGUUUUAAGACGGAACAUAACUCUAUGUGUAAUGAAAUGUGUGCUCCUGGCUACAGAAAAGCUCCUGGGAAAGUGUAUGCGACCUGCUGCUAUGACUGUGUAGGAUGUUCAGAGGGAGAAAUCUCAAACAUCCCAGAUGCAGAAACCUGUAAAACUUGCCCAGACGAUCAGUGGCCCAAUGAUAAGAGAACUAUGUGUAUCCUAAAGACAGUGGAGUUCCUUUCAUUUGAAGAAACAUUAGGGAAAGUCCUCACUUCAGUCUCCAUCUUCUCCUGUAUUGUCACCUUUACUGUCCUUGGGAUUUUCAUUAAGCAUCACACAACUCCUGUUGUAAAAGCAAACAACCAGAACCUCAGCUACACCCUUCUCCUCUCCCUCAUGUUGUCCUUCCUCUGCUCCUUAAUGUUCAUUGGACGUCCUGUAGAGGUGACAUGCCUACUCAGACAAGCAGCUUUUGGAAUCAUUUUUACUGUUUCUGUCUCUUCUGUCCUUGCAAAAUCAGUCACUGUUGUUAUUGCCUUCAAUGCUACCAAACCUGGAAGCAAGAUAAAUAAGUGGGUGGGAUCCAGAGUGUCCAUCUGUCUGGUCUUUCUCUGCUCUCUAGGUCAGACUAUGAUCUGCACGCUGUGGUUGGCUCUUUACCCACCAUAUCCAGACUAUGACACUCAGUCUUACAUAGGAACAAUUAUAUUACAGUGUAACGAGGGCUCUCUCACUGCAUUCUACCUUGUGAUAGGCUACAUAGGAUUCCUUUCUACAGUCAGUUUCAUUGUGGCUUUCCUAGUUAGGAAUUUACCCUCUAGUUUCAAUGAGGCCCAGAUGAUCACAUUCAGCAUGCUGGUGUUCUGCAGUGUUUGGAUCUCUUCCAUCCCAACGCACCUUAGCACCAAGGGAAAAUACAUGGUAGCUGUAGAGAUAUUUGCUAUCCUGGCCUCUAGUGCAGGACUGCUGGUCUGUAUAUUCAUUCCCAAGUGCUACAUUAUAUUAUUUAAGCCUGAACUAAAUACCAGGGUACAUAUGCUAAGUAAACAUUAA